ACUUUUGGUAUCCGGAAAAAACCCUUGUUGCUAUUUCCGACCACUUUUUGCUUUCAACUUGAUUUAAGAUCACUUUCAGUUGGUCGAAAAUUCAAUAAUCUCCAGUAUUCAAGCAUGUCAGCCUCCAUGUUCAUAAUCCUCAUACCAAUUAUACUCUCCUUCUUCUUUUAUCCAAUAUUUCUUGAAGCACAGAGUGGGCAUCUUCCUCAACAUGAACUAAAUGCACUUAAAGAAAUAGCAGAUCAAGUGGGGAAGAAGGAUUGGGAUUUUAGCCUAAAUCCUUGUGGCAACAACUCCAACUGGUUGGCACCACAAAGCAUAGAUACACCUCUCUACACUAAUAAUCUCACUUGCGAUUGUAACUUCCCUGCUGGUAUUUGCCAUGUGCGGCUCAUAAAUUUGAGGGGACAGGAUCUGCAAGGUGUCCUCCCUCCCGCCUUGGUGAAGUUGCCAUUUCUCAAGAGAAUUGACCUCAACCGCAAUUACUUAAGUGGUACAAUUCCCCCGGAAUGGGCUUCUAUGAAGCUGGAACUUGUAUCUCUUGCUGUGAAUCGAUUGUCUGGGCCGAUUCCAAAAUACUUGGGAAAUAUAACAACGCUUACAUAUUUGAACUUGAAGUACAAUAUGUUCAGUGGAAGUGUUCCACCUGAGCUUGGGAAACUUGUCAACUUACAAAAUUUCUUUCUUAGUGGUAAUUAUCUCACAGGUGAAUUUCCAAAAGAACUUAAUGCUCUCACAAAUUUGAUAGAGUUUAGGCUCAGCAGUAAUAACUUCACAGGGAAACUGCCUAGCUUUCAAACUUUCAAAAACCUUCAAAAACUAGAGGUUCAAGCAAGUGGUUUUGAAGGACCCAUACCAAAAAAUAUUUCUGUAUCGACAAGCUUUAUAGAACUUAGAAUCAGUGACCUAAAUGGAGGUGGUGUCUCCAGAUUUCCUACAUUAAAGCACAUGACAAACAUGACAAAGCUGAUGUUGAGGAGGUGUAAUAUUUCGGGGAAGAUACCUGAUUUAGCUAAUAUGAACAGCUUGCAACAACUAGAUUUGAGUUUUAAUAAUCUGGAAGGAGGGAUUGAUGGUCUUCAGGGUCUUGAUAAUCUGCAGUACAUGUAUCUAACGAGCAACUCAUUCAGUGGGCAAAUACCUCAAUGGGUUCUAAAUCGAGGUUCCACAUAUUAUACAGAUCUUUCUUACAAUAAUUUUGAGGAGAACUCUUUGUCGCCAACUUGCAAUCGGGAAACCCUAAACUUGUUCAAAAGCUAUAAUGGAGGAGAAAAUGGAAAAUUUGGAAAGUGUCUAAAGAAUUGCACUAAAGAUUGGUAUUCAUUUCACAUCAAUUGUGGAGGAGGCAAUGUUGUAAUUGGUGGCACUACAUAUGACGCAGAUAAAGAUUCAUCGGGCUAUGCGAGAUUUGUUUCUAACAAAGAGAACUGGGUAACUAGUAAUACGGGGUACUUUUGGGAUAGAACCUUAAAUUUAUCUGACUAUACAACAACAAAUAUAUCAGUCAUCAAGGGAAAAGACUCUGAAAUCUACCAGACGGCUCGUUUGUCUCCUUUAUCUCUGACAUAUCAAGGACGUUGUUUAGCAAAUGGAAACUACAAUGUGAAACUUCAUUUUGCAGAGAUAAUUUUGAGAGAUGGUAGAUCUUUUCGAAGUCUUGGUAGACGCAUAUUUGAUGUUUAUAUACAGGGUGAAAGGAAAUUAAAGGAUUUUGAUAUUGAAACUGAAGUACAAGGAGUUGAUAAGGCCUUGGUCAAACAAUUUAAAGCAAUAGUCAAAGAUAAAACUCUUGAGGUGCGGUUUGAAUAUGCUGGAAAAGGAAUAACAGCAGCCCCAAUUAAAGGAUCAUAUGGCCCUUUAAUAUCUGCCAUUUCUGUGGAAUCUGAUUUCAAACCUCCCAAGAACAGAAAGACUUUAAUCAUAGUUGUUGCUAUAGCUUCUUCUUCAUUUCUUAUUUUCACAAUCCUCUGUUUUGCUGGGUCGAAGAUCUACAUUAAAAACAAGACCUCAAAGGAAAAGGAACUACAAGGCCUUGAGCUAAAAACUGGUCUAUUUACCUUCAAACAAAUUAAAGCUGCUACAAACAACUUCAAUAUUGCAAAUAAGAUCGGAGAAGGUGGUUUUGGACCUGUAUACAAGGGUACAUUAUUGGAUGGUACAACUAUUGCUGUAAAACAACUCUCAACCAAAUCACGACAGGGAUACCGUGAAUUUUUGAAUGAAAUAGGCAUGAUUUCUUGUUUGCAGCACCCUAAUCUUGUGAAACUUUAUGGGUGUUGUGUUGAGAGAAAACCAUUGUUGCUGGUGUACGAGUACAUGGAAAAUAACAGCCUUGCCUAUGCUCUUUUUGGUUCAGAAGAGUGUCACAUAGACUGGCCUACAAGACAAAGUAUUUGUGUUGGUAUUGCAAAAGGUUUAGCUUUUCUGCAUGAAGAAUCGGCAAUAAAAGUUGUUCAUAGAGACAUCAAGACCGCCAAUGUUCUUCUUGACAAAGAACUCAAUCCAAAAAUUUCUGACUUUGGUUUAGCUAAACUCUAUGAUGAUGACAAGUCACACAUCAGCACAAGAGUUGCUGGGACAAUGGGAUACACUGCUCCUGAAUAUGCAUUAUGGGGCUACUUAACAUUCAAAGCUGAUGUCUAUAGUUUUGGGGUAGUGGCAUUAGAAAUUGUUGCCGGGAUGAACAACAUGAAGUAUCGUCAUGACGAGGAGUGCGUUUGCCUUCUUGAUUGGGCACUUGUUCUUCAAGAAAAAGGAAACCUAUUGGAGCUAGUGGAUCCAAGAUUGGGUUAUGAUUAUGACAAAGAACAAGCACUCAGAAUGAUCAAAGUGGCUUUGCUUUGUACUAAUCCUUCCCCUAUGCUUAGGCCAUCCAUGUCUGCAGUAGUCAACAUGCUUGAAUGCCAUGAUGAUAUUCUCAAGAACAAUUCCAAUCUACGCGAAUCCAAUUUUCAAGAAAUCAGAGAUCAUUAUGAUGAAAUGCCAGUCGAUUUAAGCGAGUCUUCCUACAAUGUAAAUUUUUCUUUAGAUGCAAAUCAACCAUCGUUAUAUUUGUAGUAGCUAGUCGUGUGGUUGCAUUUACUUCAAUCCUCUAGUUUUCAUUUAUCUAGUUUUCCAUUCUCCA